AUGGCCUACUCGUCCCGACCAACCUCAAUGCUUCCAGGCGGACUACGCCAGCCAGCCAGCCAGCCCUCAUCAGCGCUGUCGACGCGUAUCGCGGCCAAAAAGGCCGAGCUCGAGAAUCUCCGCCAACUACGCGAUUUGAGCGGCACCCUGGCCAUGCAAAUGCAGGCGCUCGAGAGCAAGAUUGCCACGUUGAAGGAUGGCACGGAGGCGGUUGCGUGCGUACUUGCCAAUUGGGAUAACGUUCUUCGUGCUAUCAGUCUAGCAUCCAGUAAGCAUCGCCGAUACCCUAUCCGAUAUCAUAUCACCCCAGCAUUCCUUAUCAGGAGGGGCUAUCAGGAGUCUUAG